CAUUCCUCCCCUCUGAGUGACCACCCCUCCCCAUGUCAGUGCUGGAAUUCCAUCCAGCCUAGAGAAAAGAGCUGGAGCAUGGAGGAGGAGGAUAACUACAUGUGUUUCCUCUUCCUGUUUGGCAGGUUGUCUAGGGGACACACAGUUCUGCUUCCGUUUCCGCCAGGCCUCAGGCAGGAUGUCCUCUCUGGGGUUUUUUCUGGACCAGUUUGACCGUGAUGCCCCAGUCUGCCUCAAGGUAAAAAGGGUUCAGGGACACACUACAUGUCUGUCUGGCUGCCUCUGGCUGGCUGGCUGUCUGUCUGUCUGGUUGUCUGUCUGUCUGUCUGGCUGCCUCUGUCUGGCUGGCUGGCGGUCUCUGGCUGGCUGUCGCUGUCUGUCUGGCUAGCUGGCUGCCGGCUGGCUGUCUGGCUGGCUGUGUCUGGCUGGCUGGCUGGCUGGCUGUCUGGCUGCCGUCUGGCUGCCGUCUGGCUGCCUGGCUGGCUGUCUGGCUGUGUCUGGCUGGCUGUCUGGCUGGCUGGCUGUCUCUGUCUGUGUGUCUAGCUGUCUGUCUGUCUGCAGCGCCCUGCUCCAGAGGACCAGAACCAGGACCAGAACCAGAACACCUUCAAACGUCUUUAGACCUUUUACUAGACAGUGUAAAGAGCCUGGAGUUGCUCCCGGAUCGUAAAACUCUACAUCACAGGGUCUUUACAUCACAGGGUCGCUACAGUUGUUGUUAUUUGCGGUCGUAAACAUUGUUUUGAGUUAAUUCUAUGAGGGGGGAGGGUCUGCAAUUUAUUUUACAGUGCAAGGGGAGGGUCAUGUGAAAAUAUUUUUGACGUUGGGGAGUGGGGGUAGCGUGCUGAAUAAAUAUAGCUGGGUUAUAAUAGCAUGUCCACUAAGGGGAAACUCCUCAUGACUCUACAGGUAAACAUCGACCUGAGAGAUGAGAAUCUCUGUGAGAGCCAUACAGACUCAGCCAACACUUUCCCCAUGCCAUUACACACAUCAGUCAGUCACCAACCGGCCAUUACACACAUCAGUCAGUCACCAACCGGCCAUUACACACAUCAGUCAGUCACCAACCAGCCAUUAAACAUCAGUCAGUCACCAACCGGCCAUUACACACAUCAGUCAGUCACCAACCGGCCAUUACACACAUCAGUCAGUCACCAACCGGCCAUUACACACAUCAGUCAGUCACCAACCGGCUAUUAAACAUCAGUCAGUCACCAACCGGCCAUUACACACAUCAGUCAGUCACCAACCGGCUAUUAAACAUCAGUCAGUCACCAACCGGCUAUUAAACAUCAGUCAGUCACCAACCGGCCAUUACACACAUCAGUCAGUCACCAACUGGCCAUUAAACAUCAGUCAUUCACCAACCGGCCAUUAAACAUCAGUCAGUCACCAACCGGCCAUUAAACAUCAGUCAGUCACCAACCGGCCAUUAAACAUCAGUCAGUCACCAACCGGCCAUUACACACAUCAGUCAGUCACCAACCGGCUAUUAAACAUCAGUCAGUCACCAACCGGCCAUUACACACAUCAGUCAGUCACCAACCGGCUAUUAAACAUCAGUCAGUCACCAACCGGCCAUUAUACACAUCAGUCAGUCACCAACCGGCCAUUGCACACAUCAGUCAGUCACCAACCGGCCAUUACACACAUCAGUCAGUCACCAACCGGCCAUUACACACAUCAGUCAGUCACCAACCGGCCAUUACACACAUCAGUCAGUCACCAACCGGCCAUUACACACAUCAGUCAGUCACCAACCGGCCAUUAAACAUCAGUCAGUCACCAACCGGCCAUUAAACAUCAGUCAGUCACCAACCGGCCAUUACACACAUCAGUCAGUCACCAACCAGCCAUUGCACACAUCAGUCAGUCACCAACCGGCUAUUAAACAUCAGUCAGUCACCAACCGGCUAUUAAACAUCAGUCAGUCACCAACCGGCCAUUACACACAUCAGUCAGUCACCAACCGGCUAUUAAACAUCAGUCAGUCACCAACCGGCCAUUAUACACAUCAGUCAGUCACCAACCGGCCAUUGCACACAUCAGUCAGUCACCAACCGGCCAUUACACACAUCAGUCAGUCACCAACCGGCCAUUACACACAUCAGUCAGUCACCAACCGGCCAUUACACACAUCAGUCAGUCACCAACCGGCCAUUACACACAUCAGUCAGUCACCAACCGGCCAUUAAACAUCAGUCAGUCACCAACCGGCCAUUAAACAUCAGUCAGUCACCAACCGGCUAUUAAACAUCAGUCAGUCACCAACCGGCCAUUACACACAUCAGUCAGUCACCAACCAGCCAUUGCACACAUCAGUCAGUCACCGCUUUAAACAUCAGUCAGUCACCAACCGGCUAUUAAACAUCAGUCAGUCACCAACCGGCUAUUAAACAUCAGUCAGUCACCAACCGGCCAUUACACACAUCAGUCAGUCACCAACCGGCUAUUAAAACAUCAGUCAGUCACCAACCGGCCAUUACACACAUCAGUCAGUCACCAACCGGCUAUUAAACAUCAGUCAGUCACCAACCGGCUAUUAAACAUCAGUCAGUCACCAACCGGCCAUUACACACAUCAGUCAGUCACCAACCGGCCAUUACACACAUCAGUCAGUCACCAACCGGCCAUUAAACAUCAGUCAGUCACCAACCGGCCAUUACACACAUCAGUCAGUCACCAACCGGCUAUUAAACAUCAGUCAGUCACCAACCGGCCAUUACACACAUCAGUCAGUCACCAACCGGCUAUUAAACAUCAGUCAGUCACCAACCGGCCAUUACACACAUCAGUCAGUCACCAACCGGCUAUUAAACAUCAGUCAGUCACCAACCGGCCAUUACACACAUCAGUCAGUCACCAACUGGCCAUUAAACAUCAGUCAGUCACCAACCGGCCAUUAAACAUCAGUCAGUCACCAACCGGCCAUUAAACAUCAGUCAGUCACCAACCGGCCAUUAAACAUCAGUCAGUCACCAACCGGCCAUUACACACAUCAGUCAGUCACCAACCGGCCAUUACACACAUCAGUCAGUCACCAACCGGCCAUUAAACAUCAGUCAGUCACCAAACCGGCCAUUACACACAUCAGUCAGUCACCAACCGGCUAUUAAACAUCAGUCAGUCACCAACCGGCCAUUACACACAUCAGUCAGUCACCAACCGGCUAUUAAACAUCAGUCAGUCACCAACCGGCCAUUACACACAUCAGUCAGUCACCAACCGGCUAUUAAACAUCAGUCAGUCACCAACCGGCCAUUACACACAUCAGUCAGUCACCAACUGGCCAUUAAACAUCAGUCAGUCACCAACCGGCCAUUAAACAUCAGUCAGUCACCAACCGGCCAUUAAACAUCAGUCAGUCACCAACCGGCCAUUAAACAUCAGUCAGUCACCAACCGGCCAUUAAACAUCAGUCAGUCACCAACCGGCCAUUACACACAUCAGUCAGUCACCAACCAGCCAUUAAACAUCAGUCAGUCACCAACCGGCCAUUACACACAUCAGUCAGUCACCAACCGGCCAUUACACACAUCAGUCAGUCACCAACCGGCCAUUACACACAUCAGUCAGUCACCAACCGGCUAUUAAACAUCAGUCAGUCACCAACCGGCCAUUACACACAUCAGUCAGUCACCAACCGGCUAUUAAACAUCAGUCAGUCACCAACCGGCCAUUACACACAUCAGUCAGUCACCAACUGGCCAUUAAACAUCAGUCAGUCACCAACCGGCCAUUAAACAUCAGUCAGUCACCAACCGGCCAUUAAACAUCAGUCAGUCACCAACCGGCCAUUAAACAUCAGUCAGUCACCAACCGGCCAUUACACACAUCAGUCAGUCACCAACCGGCCAUUAAACAUCAGUCAGUCACCAACCGGCCAUUAAACAUCAGUCAGUCACCAACCGGCCAUUAUACACAUCAGUCAGUCACCAACCGGCCAUUGCACACAUCAGUCAGUCACCAACCGGCCAUUACACACAUCAGUCAGUCACCAACCGGCCAUUACACACAUCAGUCAGUCACCAACCGGCCAUUACACACAUCAGUCAGUCACCAACCGGCCAUUACACACAUCAGUCAGUCACCAACCGGCCAUUAAACAUCAGUCAGUCACCAACCGGCCAUUACACACAUCAGUCAGUCACCAACUGGCCAUUAAACAUCAGUCAGUCACCAACCGGCCAUUAAACAUCAGUCAGUCACCAACCGGCCAUUAAACAUCAGUCAGUCACCAACCGGCCAUUAAACAUCAGUCAGUCACCAACCGGCCAUUACACACAUCAGUCAGUCACCAACCGGCUAUUAAACAUCAGUCAGUCACCAACCGGCCAUUAUACACAUCAGUCAGUCACCAACCGGCCAUUGCACACAUCAGUCAGUCACCAACCGGCCAUUACACACAUCAGUCAGUCACCAACCGGCCAUUACACACAUCAGUCAGUCACCAACCGGCCAUUACACACAUCAGUCAGUCACCAACCGGCCAUUACACACAUCAGUCAGUCACCAACCGGCCAUUAAACAUCAGUCAGUCACCAACCGGCCAUUAAACAUCAGUCAGUCACCAACCGGCUAUUAAACAUCAGUCAGUCACCAACCGGCUAUUAAACAUCAGUCAGUCACCAACCGGCCAUUAAACAUCAGUCAGUCACCAACCGGCCAUUACACACAUCAGUCAGUCACCAACCAGCCAUUGCACACAUCAGUCAGUCACCAACCGGCUAUUAAACAUCAGUCAGUCACCAACCGGCCAUUACACACAUCAGUCAGUCACCAAACCGGCUAUUAAACAUCAGUCAGUCACCAACCGGCCAUUACACACAUCAGUCAGUCACCAACCGGCUAUUAAACAUCAGUCAGUCACCAACCGGCUAUUAAACAUCAGUCAGUCACCAACCGGCCAUUACACACAUCAGUCAGUCACCAACCGGCCAUUAAACAUCAGUCAGUCACCAACCGGCCAUUACACACAUCAGUCAGUCACCAACCGGCUAUUAAACAUCAGUCAGUCACCAACCGGCCAUUACACACAUCAGUCAGUCACCAACCGGCUAUUAAACAUCAGUCAGUCACCAACCGGCCAUUACACACAUCAGUCAGUCACCAACCGGAUAUUAAACAUCAGUCAGUCACCAACCGGCCAUUACACACAUCAGUCAGUCACCAACCGGCUAUUAAACAUCAGUCAGUCACCAACCGGCCAUUAAACAUCAGUCAGUCACCAACCGGCCAUUACACACAUCAGUCAGUCACCAACCGGCCGUUGAACAUCAGUCAGUCACCAACCGGCCAUUGAACAUCAGUCAGUCACCAACCGGCCAUUAAACAUCAGUCAGUCACCAACCGGCCAUUGAACAUCAGUCAGUCACCAACCGGCCAUUACACACAUCAGUCAGUCACCAACCGGCCAUUACACACAUCAGUCAGUCACCAACCGGCCAUUACACACAUCAGUCAGUCACCAACCGGCCAUUACACACAUCAGUCAGUCACCAACCGGCCAUUACACACACCAGUCAGUCACCAACCGGCCAUUACACACAUCAGUCAGUCACCAACCGGCCAUUACACACAUCAGUCAGUCACCAACCGGCCAUUACACACAUCAGUCAGUCACCAACCGGCCAUUAAACAUCAGUCAGUCACCAACCGGCCAUUACACACAUCAGUCAGUCACCAACCGGCCAUUACACACAUCAGUCAGUCACCAACCGGCCAUUAAACAUCAGUCAGUCACCAACCGGUCAUUACACACAUCAGUCAGUCACCAACCGGCCGUUGAACAUCAGUCAGUCACCAACCGGCCAUUGAACAUCAGUCAGUCACCAACCGGCCAUUGAACAUCAGUCAGUCACCAACCGGCCAUUAAACAUCAGGUCAGUCACCAACCGGCCAUUACACACAUCAGUCAGUCACCAACCGGCCAUUACACACAUCAGUCAGUCACCAACCGGCCAUUACACACAUCAGUCAGUCACCAACCGGCCAUUACACACAUCAGUCAGUCACCAACCGGCCAUUACACACAUCAGUCAGUCACCAACCGGCACAUUACACACAUCAGUCAGUCACCAACCGGCCAUUACACACAUCAGUCAGUCACCAACCGGCCAUUACACACAUCAGUCAGUCACCAACCGGCCAUUACACACUCAGUCAGUCACCAACCGGCUAUUAAACAUCAGUCAGUCACCAACCGGCUAUUAAACAUCAGUCAGUCACCAACCGGCUAUUAAACAUCAGUCAGUCACCAACCGGCCAUUAAACAUCAGUCAGUCACCAACCGGCCAUUACACACAUCAGUCAGUCACCAACCCGCCAUUACACAUCAGUCAGUCACCAACCGGCUAUUAACAUCAGUCAGUCACCAACCGGCCUAUUAAACAUCAGUCAGUCACCAACCGGCUAUUAAACAUCAGUCAGUCACCAACCGGCAUUAAACAUCAGUCAGUCACCAACCGGCCAUUAAACAUCAGUCAGUCACCAACCGGCCAUUAAACAUCAGUCAGUCACCAACCGGCCAUUACAACAUCAGUCAGUCACCAACCGGCCAUUACACACAUCAGUCAGUCACCAAACCGGCCAUUACACACAUCAGUCAGUCACCAACCGGCCCAUUACACCACAUCAGUCAGUCACCAACCGGCCAUUACACACAUCAGUCAGUCACCAACCGGCCAUUAAACAUCAGUCAGUCACCAACCGGCCAUUAAACAUCAGUCAGUCACCAACCGGCCAUUAAACAUCAGUCAGUCACCAACCAGCCAUUGAACAUCAGUCAGCAGCCAUAGCCAUCCAUGGCUUCCUACUGCACUCUGACUGCCAGGUCUGGUCACACACUGGAAAAUACUAAAGUUGGAAAAUGAAUAUAUUCCUUGGGAGUAUGCUGCCCUGACAUCUGGGUUUGAGUAUUUAACCUGUCCUAUAGAGAAGGGGAUAGUGUUAUGUCUGGGUUUCAGUAUAUAACCUGUCCUAUAGAGAAGGGGAUAGUGUUAUGUCUGGGUUUCAGUGUAUAACCUGUCCUAUAGAGAAGGGGAUCAAUUCACUUGUCAUCUUUCCACUUCCAACCAUGCAGUAUGUAGGCCUACACCAAUGACUAAUGUACUGGUGUGUGUGUCUUAAUGUACUGGUGUGUGUCUUAAUGUACUGGUGUGUGUGUGUGUUAAUGUACUGGUGUGUGUCCGUACUAAAUGUGAGUUUGUGUGUGUAGAGGGACCAGGGUCAUUACUAUGGUUACGUCUACUUCAGACAAGUCCGGGACAAGUCACUCAAGAGGGGCUACUUUCAGAAGGUGAGUUGGCAGGAUUCAGCACGUGAUAUGAGACAACAUCUUUGCAUAAUUUUUUAUUCUUGCUACAUUUUUUUUUUUUCAAAACUCCCUGAUCUUAUUUCAGUAUGAUUAACUGUUGAUCUGUGUGUGUUUCCAGUCCCUGGUCCUUAUCAGCAAGCUGCCCUACGUCAUGUUCUUCCACUCCCUGCUGAAGCUCAUUGCUCCAGAGUACUUUGAGAAGCAGGAGCCAUGCCUGGAGGCUGGUGAGUCUCCCAGUUCAUCCUGCUCCAAACGGGGAAACAGGGAGGGACUUCUUCAACACACAAAGCUUUCUGCUACAGCCUGCCCUAAUGAGCACAACUCUGUUCUCUGAGCUAUGGAAUGAUUAGUAGAGGGGCUGGUCCCUGGUCCCUUUUAUAAAGUGUUGUCUGAUUAGUAGAGGGGCUGGUCCCUGGUCCCUUUAUAAAGUGUUGUCUGAUUAGUAGAGGGGCUGGUCUGUGGUCCCUUUAUAAAGUGUUGUCUGAUUAGUAGAGGGGCUGGUCCCCUGGUCCCUUUAUAAAGUGUUGUCUGAUUAGUAGGGGGCUGGUCCCUGGUCCCUUUAUAAAGUGUUGUCUGAUUAGUAGAGGGGCUGGUCCCUGGUCCCUUUAUAAAGUGUUGUCUGAUUAGUAGAGGGGCUGGUCCCUGGUCCCUUUAUAAAGUGUUGUCUGAUUAGUAGAGGGGCUGGUCCCUGGUCCCUUUAUAAGUGUUGUCUGAUUAGUAGAGGGGCUGGUCCCUGGUCCCUUUAUAAAGUGUUGUCUGAUUAGUAGAGGGGCUGGUCCCUGGUCCCUUUAUAAAGUGUUGUCUGAUUAGUAGAGGGGCUGGUCCCUGGUCCCUUUAUAAAGUGUUGUUGUGUGUUUAGUUGUAACUAUUAUUUGCCCUGUGAAGCCUGUUGCCUGCUGCCUGUAGCCUGCAGCCUGUAGCCUGUCUGUGUGUCUUCAUCUGGCUUGUUUCUGUGUGUGACAGCCUGCAACGACAUCGACCGCUGGCCCACUCCUCAUCCAGGGAAAAUACUGACCCUCCCUAUAAUGGGGACAGUUAUGAAGGUACGUCUAACCCAGGGAAAAUACUGACCCUCUCUAUAAUGGGGACAGUUAUGAAGGUACGUCUAACCCAGGGAAAAUACUGACCCUCUCUAUAAUGGGGACAGUUAUGAAGGUACGUCUAACCCAGGGAAAAUACUGACCCUCUCUAUAAUGGGGACAGUUAUGAAGGUACGUCUAACCCUAACCCAGGGAAAAUACUGACCCUCUCUAUAAUGGGGACAGUUAUGAAGGUACGUCUAACCCAGGGUAAAUACUGACCCUCCCUAUAAUGGGGACAGUUAUGAAGGUACGUCUAACCCAGGGAAAAUACUGACCCUCUCUAUAAUGGGGACAGUUAUGAAGGUACGUCUAACCCUAACCCAGGGAAAAUACUGACCCUCCCUAUAAUGGGGACAGUUAUGAAGGUACGUCUAACCCAGGGAAAAUACUGACCCUCCCUAUAAUGGGGACAGUUAUGAAGGUACGUCUAACCCAGGGAAAAUACUGACCCUCUCUAUAAUGGGGACAGUUAUGAAGGUACGUCUAACCCAGGGAAAAUACUGACCCUCUCUAUAAUGGGGACAGUUAUGAAGGUACGUCUAACCCAGGGAAAAUACUGACCCUCUCUAUAAUGGGGACAGUUAUGAAGGUACGUCUAACCCAGGGAAAAUACUGACCCUCUCUAUAAUGGGGACAGUUAUGAAGGUACGUCUAACCCAGGGAAAAUACUGACCCUCCCUAUAAUGGGGACAGUUAUGAAGGUACGUCUAACCCAGGGUAAAUACUGACCCUCUCUAUAAUGGGGACAGUUAUGAAGGUACGUCUAACCCAGGGUAAAUACUGACCCUCUCUAUAAUGGGGACAGUUAUGAAGGUACGUCUAACCCUAACCCAGGGAAAAUACUGACCCUCUCUAUAAUGGGGACAGUUAUGAAGGUACGUCUAACCCAGGGAAAAUACUGACCCUCUCUAUAAUGGGGACAGUUAUGAAGGUACGUCUAACCCUAACCCAGGGAAAAUACUGACCCUCCCUAUAAUGGGGACAGUUAUGAAGGUACGUCUAACCCAGGGAAAAUACUGACCCUCUCUAUAAUGGGGACAGUUAUGAAGGUACGUCUAACCCAGGGAAAAUACUGACCCUCUCUAUAAUGGGGACAGUUAUGAAGGUACGUCUAACCCUAACCCAGGGAAAAUACUGACCCUCUCUAUAAUGGGGACAGUUAUGAAGGUACGUCUAACCCAGGGAAAAUACUGACCCUCUCUAUAAUGGGGACAGUUAUGAAGGUACGGAAUGGCUAAAUAUUGAUAUAGGCCUUUUCUACGAUUACCAAUCAAUCAAAUGUAUUUAUAAAGCAAUUUUUUUUACACCAGCAGUUGUCUCAAAGUACUUGUCUUUUACAGUAAUGAUUAUAGUGUUAAGCAACUCAAACAUAAUCAAUCAAUAAUCAAUAUUUCUUCGUGUUUUGCUAGGUUCGGAUCCCUACAUGUUAUGACAAGCCUGGAACCUCUCAGCUGGUGCAGUCAACACAGGUGAUGAUGAGAAUCACCAUGCUACUAAAAACAUGACGAGGCGUCCAAAAUGGCUCCCUCUAUUCGCUAUUAGUGAACUACUUUUGACCAGAAUAGGAUGCCAUUUCAGAUGCAUACCGUGUCAUUCUGGUGCACUGCUGAUAAUCUCCUCAUAACCCUGUGACCCUUAUUACACCCGAUGACUCAUUUGUGUUACAGAAUGACAACCUGGUGUCCAUAGUUCUCCCCACAAUCCAUGAGGUAGACUUGUUCAUGUGAGUACAUGUUAGUAGUGGGGGGUUCAUCCCAAAUGGUGCGCACUAUAUCUUUUAUAUAGUGCACCACCUUUGACCAGGGCCUGCAUAGGGCUCUGGUCAAAAGUAGUGCACUAUAUAGGGAAAAGGGUGCUGGACUGUUGAUGAGUUGUUGUACCACCUCCUCAGCUCUCUGAUGCCACCCAUUGGUAGGGAGUGGUAGUGCAGGCCUGCCCCUUUUGUACACUUAGCUGCUUUAUGUUGUUCCCCCAGUGUAGCCAUGGUAACAUCAGUUCCUCCUCUCAGGGACUAGUUUCUGUAAAGAAUCCAUCCAGGGGGAAACGGAGAGCAGAUCCAGUUCCAAUCUGUGUUUGCAUGAACAUCUGUCCAUCUCUUUCACUCACUCUCUCUGCAGGUGUUUCCACCCAGUCUUCUUCCACAUUCAGAUGUUAUGGGAGCUGGUGUUGCUAGGAGAGGCUCUGGUUGUCAUGGCACCAUCACCGGCAGAAUCCUCCGAUACUGUUCUGGCAUUGGUCAGGUGAGGCAAGGAGGGUGUGGCUAGAAAGAUUAACAUAUUUGUUUUUUAAAUAAAACAGUAUACAGAUAUAAUGUAAAAUACAGUGCUGUGAAAAAGUAUGUUCCCCUUUUAGAAUUUUCUCUAUUUUUGCAUAUUUUCUGACACUGAAUGUUUUUAGAUCUUCAACCAAAAUCUAAUAUUAGAUAAAGGGUACCUGAGUGAACAAAUAACACAACAUUUUGACAAUUAUUUAAUUUAUUUCAUAAACAAAGUUAUGCAACACCCAAUUCCCCUGUGUGAAAAAGUAAUUGCCCCCUUACACUCAGUAACUGGUUGUGCCACCUUUAGCUGCAAUGACUCCAACCAAAUGCUUCCUGUAGUUGUUGAUCAGUCUCUCACGUCGCUGUGGAGGAAUUUUGGGCCCACCCUUCCAUGCAGAACUGCUUUAACUCAGUGACGUGUGGGUUUUCAAGCAUGAACUGCUCGUUUCAAGUCCUGCCACAACAUCUCAAUCGGGUUGAGGUCUGGACUUUGACUAGGCCAUUCCAAAACAUUAAAUUAGUUGCUUUUCAGCCAUUCCGAUGUAGACUUGAUUGUGUGUUUUGGAUCAUUGUCUUGCUGCAUGACCCAGCUGCGCUUCAGCUUCAGCUCACAGACGGAUGGUCUGACAUUCUCCUGUAGAAUUAUCCCACAAAUGUUCUGCAUGGAAGGGUGGGCCCAAAAUUCCUCCACAGCGACGUGAGAGACUGAUCAACAACUACAGGAAGCGUUUGGUUGGAGUCAUUGCAGCUAAAGGUGGGGAAUUACUUCUUCACACAGGGGCAUUGUGUGUUGCAUAACUUUGUUUAUUAAAUAAAUUAAAUAAUUAUCCAAAUGUUGUGUUAUUUGUUCACUCAGGUACCCUUUAUCUAAUAUUAGGUUUUGGUUGAAGAUCUAAAAACAUUAAGUAUCAAAAAUAUGCAAAAAAUAGAGAAAAUCAGAAAGGCAAAUACUUUUUCCCACAAUGUCAUGCAGGAGCUACGUGCAGGCUGAUGCCAGUAUAAUAUACUCAACCCCUUUAUCAAGGUUAUUAACGUGUCUGGAGUAGAAUCACUAAUGUGUGUGUGUGUGUGUGUGUGUGUGUUCCUGUGUGCGCGUGUGUGUGUCCUGUGUCUGUGUGUGUGUGUGUGUGUGUGUACAGCUGCAUCUCUCCACUGCGUUACUGCAGUGACUUCAGACCGUACUUCACCAUCCAUGACAGCGAGUUUAAGGAGUACACCACCAGGACACAGGCCCCGUGAGUAACACUAUACCACCAGGACACAGGCCCCGUGAGUAACACUAUACCACCAGGCCACAGGCCCCGUGAGUAACACUAUACCACCAGGACACAGGCCCCGUGAGUAACACUACACCACCAGGACACAGGCCCCGUGAGUAACACUACACCACCAGGACACAGGCCCCGUGAGUAACACUACACCACCAGGACACAGGCCCCGUGAGUAACACUAUACCACCAGGACACAGGCCCCGUGAGUAACACUAUACCACCAGAACACAGGCCUCCUGAGUAACACUAUAGUAUAGUAGGAGUGCCAGGACACAGGCCUCCUGAGUAACACUAUAGUAUAGUAGGAGUACCAGGAUACAGGCCUCCUGAGUAACACUAUAGUAUAGUAGGAGUACCAGGACACAGGCCCUGUGAGUUAACUGGCACAACUGAAAACACCUUGUGCUCUCCACUGAGGGGUAUACUACAGAGCAGCUUCUAUGAAUUGGCCAACUCACUCUGAUAAGCCAGCAGAAAUAACUAUGGAUUAAAAAAGCUACACUUAGAUAUGUGUUGUCGUUUGUUGAAUCAAUUAGAGCAUACCAAUUUCAAGCUUAUCUUAAAAAAUAUUUAUAUAUUUCAGAAUAUUUAGGUAAAUUGGCUAGCUAACUCCUUGAUCCUGCUUUGUAGUAUACCGCUGUGGCCUGAUCUCUACUCUCAAGCUAGUUAUCGACACAGGCCCAGUGCGUAACUGGAGGAAUAACGAUCACUUUAUACUUCACAUUUGAUUUGAUUUGGGGCGGCAGGUAGCUUUGUGGUUAAGAGCGUUGUGCCAGUAACCGAAAGGUUGCUGGUUCUAAUCCCCGAGCUGACUAGGUGAAAAAUCUGUCGAUGUGCCCUUGAGCAAGGCACUUAACCCUAAUCGCUCCUGUAAGUCGCUAUGGAUAAGAGCGUCUGCUAAAUGACCAAUAAAAAAAUAAAAAAUAUAUAAAAAAAAAUGUGUCUAGCUAUGUAGUAUGGACAUGCUAGCUAUGAGGGAGUGUAUGGAACACAGAAGCCAGCCAGACAUGCUUAUGUUGUCAAGUAGAGCUACAAUGAUUUCUUAACAUGUGUCUUUGUGCUGUCUGUCUUUGUGGCUGUCUGUCUUUCUGACUGUCUAUGUCUGUCUCUCUUUCUCUGUCUGUCUCUCAGGCCAUCUGUGAUUCUUGGCGUGACCAACCCGUUCUUUGCUAAGACCCUCCAACACUGGCCUCACAUCAUCCGUAUUGGAGACAUGAAGCAGGCUGGAGAGACGGUCAAGCAGAUGAAGGUCAAGAAGCUGAAGAACCUGAAGACCCUGGACUCUAAACCAGGUUAUUGACCGUAGGCUUUACUCUCACAUGACUAGGGUUGCAAAAAUUCCCGGCUUUUUUAAAUCCUGGUUGAAGAAUCCCAGGAUGGAGGAUUCCCUUGCAGGUGAUUCCACAAAUGGUUCUUUCUGGGAUUUCUGAAACUUUUGAAUUUUGCAAGUUUCUGGAUUUUUACAACCCUACGCAUGACUGGUAUGGAUGGCUGUUGGUGUUUUUACAACCCUACGCAUUACUGGUAUGGAUGGCUGCUGGUGUUUUUAUAUACACAUUCCCCCUUCACCAAUGGAGGCUCCUCAGAGGAGGAAGGGGAGGACCAACUUACUCAGUGAAUUUCAUAAAAAUAAAAUAGUGAAACAUUAAAGUUAUCCUUUUUAGAUAAAACUAUACUAAAUAUAUUCACAUGUCACAAUCAUUUAUUAAAACACUGUUUUGCAAAGAAGGUCUACAGUAGCCUCAACAGCACUCUGUAGGGUAGCACCAUGGUGUAGCCGGAGGACAGCUAGUUUCCAUCCUCCUCUGGGUACAUUGACUUCAAUACAAUACCUAGGAGGCUCAUGGUUCUCACCCCAUUCCAUAGACUUACACAGUAAUUAUGACAACUUCCGGAGGACGUCCUCCAACCUAUCAGAGCUCUUGCAGCAUGAACUGACAUGUUGUCCACCCAAUCAAAGGAUCAGAGAAUGAAUCUAGUAUUGAAAGCAUAAGCUACAGCUAGCUAGCACUGCAGUGAAUAAAAUGUGGUGAGCAGUUGACUAAGAGAGGAAGACAAUAGUUUAACAGUUUUCAACAAAUUAACAGAGAGGGAGAGAGAGAGAGAGCUAUAUUUCGUUGUAUUUUUUCUCUCACUUUAACAGCUAGCUAAGUUAGCCUACUCACACACCCGGCUCAAACAGAGGAAUGCAAUUUAUGUUAGCUAGCUGGCUAAGGCUAUCCAACACUGGAACUCUUCCAAGUCAAGGGAAGCUUUCAGUUGUAUUAAUUUAUUGCCACCGGGGCCUGCCGGUGUAACUGCUAAACUGCUUACUGUACUGCGUGAUUGUAGCGGGUUUACUAAUGCGUUAGUUCUAGUAGCUGUGUUGACUAUGACGUUAGCUAAUAUGGUGACAAUGAUAUAGGCCAGGGUUCUUCAAUUCCGGUCCUGGAGGGCCGAAACACCUCUGUUUUUCAUCCUCUCCUUCUAAUCGGGCUAAUUCAGACCUGGGACACCUGGUGAGUGCAAUUAACUACCAGGUAGAAAUAAAAAACAGAAGUGUUUCGGCCCUCCAGGACCGGAAUUGAAGAACCCUGCUGUAGGCUGUGUGUAGCGGUUAGUGAUCAGGGUAUGAAGGUUUGGCUUGGAAAGGUUUUUUCGCCUGGACACAGAAUAGCGGGUAGAUGGAAGAAGGGCUUAUACAACGAUCAAAGGGAUCAUGCUGUUUGUAUGUGGCUGCUAUGAAAGUCAACUGUGUUUGGGGGUGAUCAUUCCGCCGAUUCUGUUAAAAAGUUUCUUAAACGGAAGCAACGGAACGAAACGGGGAUAAACCUAGCUGAAUUUGUCCAAUAGAAACUCUCGUUUGCAACUGUUUGGACUAAUGAUUACACCCUAGAUCCGCUAGAUGCAGGCCAGAGUGUGCAAGGCGGUAUUUUCUGUCACUUUGAUUACUCCAACUUGGGUCUCGACCUGUGCACCUCCUUUAUAAACUUUCAUUCGUAGGCUAUGUUGUAGCAACCUCAUGAUAGGUAUAGGGAACAUUUUAGUAUCAUUUAGUAUCCUAAACAUAUUGAUGGUACAUUGAGCUGGGUGAAUGGAAUAUGAAUUACAGUCAUCCAAUAUGCUGUAAUAGAAAUAAGGCCAUGCUCAUAAAAAUAAUAAUCGUUCUCCCAAAUCUUAAACGGCACGGACCGACACUGCCCUUCACUGUGUAAAGCUAGUGUUCCCAUAUCCACAUUGCCCCUUCACUGUGUGAAGCUAGUGUUCCCAUAUCCACAUUGCCCCUUCACUGUGUGAAGCUAGUGUUCCCAUAUCCACAUUGCCCCUUCACUGUGUGAAGCUAGUGUUCCCAUAUCCACAUUGCCCCUUCACUGUGUGAAGCUAGUGUUCCCAUAUCCACAUUGCCCCUUCACUGUGUGAAGCUAGUUUGUGUGUUCCAUUGCAGGUGUCUACAGCGCAUACAAGCCCUACAUUAGCAAAGAUGAGGAUAUCAUCAAACAACUACAGAAGGUAAGCGGGGAACUAGGGAACUACAGAAAGUAAUGGGGGGGGGGGGGGGGGGGGGGGGGGGGGUGUAUUGGCAAUAGCGAGCCGUUUGGGACUAACUAUGCCUGCUGUAUAUACUGAGGUUCCUGUUGUGUCCCUCCCCUCAGGAUGUUGUUGUUGUUGUUGUUGUGUAUACUGAGGUUCCUGUUGUCUCCUCCCCUCAGGGUGUCCAACAGAAACGUCCCUCGGCGGCACAGAAUGCCAUCCUGCGACGGUACUUCCUGGAGCUGACGCAGAGCUUCAUCAUUCCACUGGUGAGAACAUCAGAAACUUAGAACAUCAAACUUAGAACAUCAGAAACUUAAAACCUCAGAACCUGGGAACCUUAGAACCUAGAACAUCAAUAACUGCUCUUAUAGUCCGAGUCCAUAUUCACGUAACAAUAAGGAAUUCCCCUCGACCACACCCACACAUUUGGGAAAACAUACAUUCCUUCCUCUUGUAAAAGAGCCAACUUCGUCGUCUAUUUUUUUUGUUAUACAGAAAUAACAAAACGUGCCGAAAAGCUGCUGCGUUGUUCAAUGUAACCAGGCAAAAAUCUCGACCUACGGUUUGCGAUGCUCCCACGUAGGGAAAUAGAGCCUGCGAGAAGAGCUCUUCUGAAAGCCAGUCAAUAUUUAAAUUAACCAGAAAAUAAACUUCUCUGUUGAUAUCACAUACAUUAUUAAGGAUUUCACACAUGUUAUCCAGAUACAGACUGUUAGCUCUUGGUGGUCUAUAGCAGCUUCCCACCAGAAUGGGCUUUAGGUGAGGCAGGUGAACCUGUAGCCAUAUUACUUCAACAGUAUUUAACAUGAGAUCCUCUCUAAUCUUUACAGGAAUGUGGUUCUGAAUAUAAACAGCAACACCUCCACCAUUGGCAUUACUGUCUUGUCUGUAAAUGUUAUAACCUUGUAUUACUACCACUGUAUAAUCAAAGGUAUUAUCUAAGUGAGUUUCAAAGAUAGUCAGAAUAUGAAUGUCAUCUGUUACUAGCAAAUUAUUGAUUUCAUGAACAUGUUUCUUAAGCUACAUAUGUUAAGGUGGGCUAUUGUGAGCACUUUUCCUCUGGGAUGUUUUAAUUGCUUUACUGGGAAACUUAGCAGAAGUAGAUAUGCUCAUGUUAUUUAUGUUAGUGCAGGGUGAGCUGCACACAGUGGACUUCCUACUAGGGCACACCACCUGAGUUCUAACAGUAUAAAUCUGGUUUUAGGCACAUGAUUACUGCAUCCAAUAGCUGUAGGAUCAGCAGAGGCAUUCAGGGCAGUUAGAGGGACAUAAAUUAGGUUACUUACAUUGUGUCUUCCAACGCCCCUGGUAUAAUGUACAUUUGCUGAAGCAUUAUGACAACUCAGCGUCUCAAUGGUAGGGAUUAACUGAGCUGGGCUUGGGUCAUUGAUAAGUCAUUGUCACAACGCAGCCUUAUAAUGCUGUGAAAGGAUCCAGGAACCCAAAUGAUUUUGAUGGAUCACAUCCUCCUUACAAAACGUGUUUUGUUUCCAAAAGAUAUCGAAAUUGUCAACAAAAGUUACACCCAUUGAGCUGCAGUAAUCGCGUAGCCAGUUGUGAAGAGAGAGAAUCCUGCUAAAGCGUUCAAUGGCACGAUAUGAUGGGUCUUUUUAUUAGUGUCUAGCAGAGUCAAUCAGCUCUUUAAAAUCCAGUUUCAACUGUUCAGAGCUGCCCUUCAUAAUGUCAUUAAACCCACAUGGACUACGAUAGAAUCGACUUCCAUGUCCUGGCGUAGUACAUUCGGGAGCAGCUUAGUAAUGUCAUUUACUCCAGCUCCGGGAUAGGACAUUGUUUUUGCACCUGGAACGGUCACAUUUCUUGAUCACAGGUAAGACAUUUAACUUGUUUAAUAUAGUCUGUUUGUAACUCCACUCACUACUUGUAGCUGUAUAGUCUGUUUGUUUGCGUUGUUGGUCUUGGUUAGCUUAAUGUUCCGGUCGGUAGCUAACUAGCACCGUCAUGAAAAGAGACUUGAGGGAAGCCCUACAAUAUUACGUUUUUCUAAGUAGUGAAAACGCUUGGGAGCAGGCAAUGUUGAAAAGUAAUCUUUAGACAUGUUGUACUUGAAAUGUAGUUUUGUUAUUGACUACCAAUCAAAUCAAAUCAAAUGUUAUUGGCCACAUGCGCCGAAUACAACAGGUGCAGACAUUACAGUGAAAUGCUUACUUACAGCUCUUAACCAACAGUGCAUUUAUUUUUAAUAAAAAAGUAGAAUAAAACAACAAAAAAGUGUUGAGAAAAAAAGAGCAGAAGUAAAAUAAAAUAACAGUAGGGAGGCUAUAUAUACAGGGGGGUACCGGUGCAGAGUCAGUGUGUAAUAACAGUAGGGAGGCUAUAUAUACAGGGGGGUACCGGUGCAGAGUCAAUGUGUAAUAACAGUAGGGAGGCUAUAUAUACAGGGGGGUACCGGUGCAGAGUCAUGUGUAAUAACAGUAGGGAGGCUAUAUAUACAGGGGGGGUACCGGUGCAGAGUCAAUGUGUAAUAACAGUAGGGAGGCUAUAUAUACAGGGGGGUACCGGUGCAGAGUCAAUGUGCAAUAACAGUAGGGAGGCUAUAUAUACAGGGGGGUACCGGUGCAGAGUCAAUGUGUAAUAAACAGUAGGGAGGCUAUAUAUACAGGGGGGUACCGGUGCAGAGUCAAUGUGUAAUAACAGUAGGGAGGCUAUAUAUACAGGGGGGUACCGGUGCAGAGUCAAUGUGUAAUAACAGUAGGGAGGCUAUAUAUACAGGGGGUACCGGUGACAGAGUCAAUGUGUAAUAACAGUAGGGAGGCUAUAUAUACAGGGGGUACCGGUGCAGAGUCAAUGUGUAAUAACAGUAGGGAGGCUAUAUAUACAGGGGGGUACCGGUGCAGAGUCAAUGUGUGGGGGGCACCGGCUAGGCUAUAUACAGGGGGGUACCGGUGCAGAGUCAAUGUGCGGGGGCACCGGCUAGGCUAUAUACAGGGGGGUACCGGUGCAGAGUCAGUGUGUGGGGGGCACCGGCUAGGCUAUAUACAGGCUAUUACAGUGUGGGGGUACCGGCUAGGCUAUAUAUACUGUGCGGGGGCACCGGUGCUAGGCUUAUACAGGGGUACCGGUGCAGGUCAAUGCUCGGCUUAUAAGGGGGGUAACCGGGAGUAGGGGGGCACGGCUAGGCAUAUACAGGGGGUACCGGUGCAGAUGUCAAUGGGCGGGGGCACCGCUAGGCCUAUAUAUAAGGGGUUACCGGUGCAGAAGUCAAUGUGCGGGGGCACCGGCUAGGCUAUAUACAGGGGGGUACCGGUGCAGAGUCAAUGUGCGGGGGCACCGGCUAGGCUAUAAUACAGGGGGGUACCGGUGCAGAGUCAAUGUGCGGGGGCACCGGCUAGUCGAGGUAGUUGAGGUAAUAUGUAGAUGUGGGUAGAGACAAGCAGACAACAAGAAAAUAUGGGUUGAAAAAGGUUCCGUUUUUGCUGUGAGCCAAUGGGAUUAACCUAGGUAAACACAGGUUGUUUCCCCCCCCAGGUGGGCGGGGCCGCGACGUUCUAUCUAAUACCGACUGGGAAUAUAGAACACUGUGCUGAGAACCUUUAAAAAGUAGUUGUGUUGAAGGGCUUUAUGAAAACUUCUCUAACACAAGUCUUCUUAUAUUCCCUUUCUCCGUCUCACAGGAGCGUUACGUGGCCAGUCUGAUGCCUCUGCAGAAGAGCAUCUCUCCUUGGAAGAGUCCUCCCCAGUUGAGACCGUUCCUCCAGGAGGAGUUUAUGAAGACUCUGGAGAAGGCUGGUCCUCAGCUCACCUCACGACUCAAAGGAGACUGGAUGGGACUCUACAGGUGCUGACAUCCACAUUUGCAUUGUUGACACGCAUAGAUAGCCUGGUUCCACGUGUAUUUAACCUUUUAUUUAUCCAGGGAGUCGACUGAGAUGUCUCUUUUACAGAUGAGCCCUGAAUUACAAAAACGCACACAUCAAAUAUGCAAAACAAACACAGUCAUAGGGGAAGACAUUCAUCAGUAAUAAGGUCCUCAAUCAGUUUUCAGAAUUUCCCAAGAUGCACCAAAGCAUCCAAUUUUAAAGAGUUUUUGAGAUUAUUCUAUAAAUAAGGUGCAAAAAACUAAAAUCGGAUUUACCUAACUAUGUAGAUACCAAAGGAAUUUCCAGUGUUCACUAUUCCUGAGACCGGGGCAACGUGUACAGUACGUCUAAAAGUUAUCCCUGAGACCGGGGCAACGUGUACAGUACGUCUAAAAGUUAUCCCUGAGACCGGGGCAACGUGUACAGUACGUCUAAAAGUUAUCCCUGAGACCGGGGCAACGUGUACAGUACGUCUAAAAGUUAUCCCUGAGACCGGGGCAACGUGUACAGUACGUCUAAAAGUUAUCCCUGAGACCGGGGCAACGUGUACAGUACGUCUAAAAGUUAUCCCUGAGACCGGGGCAACGUGUACAGUACGUCUAAAAGUUAUCCCUGAGACCGGGGCAACGUGUACAGUACGUCUAAAAGUUAUCCCUGAGACCGGGGCAACGUGUACAGUACGUCUAAAAGUUAUCCCUGAGACCGGGGCAACGUGUACAGUACGUCUAAAAGUUAUCCCUGAGACCGGGGCAACGUGUACAGUACGUCUAAAAGUUAUUCAUGAUUUUAGGUACAGCGGGUGUUUUGGUAAAAUAGCUUUCUUUAGAAACUAAAAAAGAGAGUAGUGCAUUGAUCGUCGAGACUAAAGAGCGGGCCAGCCUACUUCCUGAUGUCGAAGGCAGUGAUGUGUACUGAACCUAUCACCAGCGUAAUAAAUCGUAAUGUGUUAUGAUAAACUGGGUCCAGUGGCGUCAAUACAGUGGCAGCUGCAUUCAUAUAGAUGCUAUUGCAAUAGUCUAAAGCUGAGAUGAAUGUCGACUGGAUGAUUCGUUUUCUGCUAUUUAAUGAAAGGCAUGCCCUAUUCUUAUAAAUGAAGCCCAUUUUAAAGCUUUUUAUAAGAUAGCUUUAUUUUUUUACUUCUGUCUGUCUACCAGGAAACACAAGUCUGUUAUGAUGUAAUAAAAUGACAGUCUGUUAUGAUGUAAUAAAAUGACAGUCUGUUAUGAUGUAAUAUAAUGACAGUCUGUUAUGGUGUAAUAUAAUGACAGUCUGUUAUGAUGUAAUAUAAUGACAGUCUGUUAUGAUGUAAUAUAAUGACAGUCUGUUAUGAUGUAAUAUAAUGACAGUCUGUUGUGAUGUAAUAUGAUGACAGUCUGUUAUGAUGUAAUAUAAUGACAGUCUGUUGUGAUGUAAUAUGAUGACAGUCUGUUAUGAUGUAAUAUGAUGACAGUCUGUUAUGAUGUAAUAUGAUGACAGUCUGUUAUGAUGUAAUAUGAUGACAGUCUGUUAUGAUGUAAUAUGAUGACAGUCUGUUAUGAUGUAAUAUGAUGACAGUCUGUUAUGAUGUAAUAUGAUGACAGUCUGUUAUGAUGUAAUAUGAUGACAGUCUGUUUGAUGUAAUAUGAUGACAGUCUGUUAUGAUGUAAUAUGAUGACAGUCUGUUAUGAUGUAAUAUGAUGACAGUCUGUUAUGAUGUAAUAUGAUGACAGUCUGUUAUGAUGUAAUAUGAUGACAGUCUGUUAUGAUGUAAUAUGAUGACAGUCUGUUAUGAUGUAAUAUGAUGACAGUCUGUUAUGAUGUAAUAUGAUGACAGUCUGUUAUGAUGUAAUAUAAUGACAGUCUGUUAUGAUGUAAUAUAAUGACAGUCUGUUAUGAUGUAUAUAAUGACAGUCUGUUAUGAUGUAAUAUAAUGACAGUCUGUUAUGAUGUAAUAUGAUGACAGUCUGUUAUGAUGUAAUAUGAUGACAGUCUGUUAUGAUGUAAUAUGAUGACAGUCUGUUAUGAUGUAAUAUAUGACAGUCUGUUAUGAUGUAAUAUAAUGACAGUCUGUUAUGAUGUAAUAUAAUGACAGUCUGUUAUGAUGUAAUAUAAUGACAGUCUGUUAUGAUGUAAUAUGAUGACAGUCUGUUAUGAUGUAAUAUGAUGACAGUCUGUUAUGAUGUAAUAUAAUGACAGUCUGUUAUGAUGUAAUAUAAUGACAGUCUGUUAUGAUGUAAUAUAAUGACAGUCUGUUAUGAUGUAAUAUAAUGACAGUCUGUUAUGAUGUAAUAUAAUGACAGUCUGUUAUGAUGUAAUAUGAUGACAGUCUGUUAUGAUGUAAUAUGAUGACAGUCUGUGCGUUUCCUGUUUGCAGACUUUGUGAAUGUGACAUGGUCUAUGCAUCCUAAAAGCCUGUUGUUGUUGUUGUUGUUGUUGUUGUUUUCAUCUUGGUGUGUAUUUCCUAUCCAGACAGUUCCUGAGGUGUCCUAACUUUGACGGCUGGUUCAGGAAUCGCAGGAGAGAGAUGAUGAAGAAACUGGAGGCCCUUCACCUGGAGGCUCUCUGUGAGGAGGUGAGUAAUGAAGAAACCAGAGGCCCUUCACCUGGAGGCUCUCUGUGAGAAGCACUACAUGAGGUAUUUUUUAUUUUUUAUUUAUUAUGGAUGCCAAGGCAGCAGCUACUCUUCCUGGGGUUUAUUAUGGAUCCCAAUUUAGUUCCUGCCAAGGCAGCAGCUACUCUUCCUGGGGUUUAUUAAGGAUCCCCAUUAGUUCCUGCCAAGGCAGCAGCUACUCUUCCUGGGGUUUAUUAAGGAUCCCCAUUAGUUCCUGCCAAGGCAGCAGCUACUCUUCCUGGGGUUUAUUAAGGAUCCCCAUUAGUUCCUGCCAAGGCAGCGCAGCUACUCUUCCUGGGGUUUAUUAUGGAUCCCCAUUUAGUUCCUGCCAAGGCAGCAGCUACUCUUCCUGGGGUUUAUUAUGGAUCCCCAUUAGUUCCUGCCAAGGCAGCAGCUACUCUUCCUGGGGUUUAUUACGGAUCCCCAUUAGUUCCUGCCAAGGCAGCAGCUACUCUUCCUGUGGUUUAUUAUGGAUCCCCAUUAGUUCCUGCCAAGGCAGCAGCUACUCUUCCUGGGGUUUAUUAAGGAUCCCCAUUAGUUCCUGCCAAGGCAGCAGCUACUCUUCCUGGGGUUUAUUAUGGAUCCCCAUUAGUUCCUGCCAAGGCAGCAGCUACUCUUCCUGGGGUUUAUUAUGGAUCCCCAUUAGUUCCUGCCAAGGCAGCGCAGCUACUCUUCCUGGGGUUUAUUAUGGAUCCCCAUUUAGUUCCUGCCAAGGCAGCAGCUACUCUUCCUGGGGUUUAUUAUGGAUCCCCAUUAGUUCCUGCCAAGGCAGCAGCUACUCUUCCUGUGGUUUAUUAUGGAUCCCCAUUAGUUCCUGCCAAGGCAGCAGCUACUCUUCCUGGGGUUUAUUAUGGAUCCCCAUUAGUUCCUGCCAAGGCAGCAGCUACUCUUCCUGGGGUUUAUUACGGAUCCCCAUUAGUUCCUGCCAAGGCAGCAGCUACUCUUCCUGUGGUUUAUUAUGGAUCCCCAUUAGUUCCUGCCAAGGCAGCAGCUACUCUUCCUGGGGUUUAUUAUGGAUCCCCAUUAGUUCCUGCCAAGGCAGCAGCUACUCUUCCUGGGGUCCAGCAACAUUAAGGCAGUUAUACAAUUUUUAAACAUUUCAAUACAUUCAUAACAGAUUUCACAACACACUGUGUGCCCUCAGGCCCCUACUCUACUACCACAUAUCUACAAUACAAAAUCCAUGUGUACAUUCCCUGCUGUUCCAUAAGGUGUGUAUGUGUAUAUAUAUAUAUAUACUUUUUUUUGGUGGUAUUUUACACAUUUUUCUCCCCAAUUACGUGAUAUCCAAUUGGUAGUUACAGUCACAUUGGUGCGGCUGGCUUCCAGGUUAAACGGGCACUUGCAACUCCCGUCCUCUGAAACACAACCCAACCGAGCCGACACUGCUUCUUGACACAGUGCCCGUUUAACCUGGAAGCAAGCCGCACCAAUGUGUCGGAGGAAACACUGUACACCUGGCGACCGAGUCAGCGUGCACUGCGCCCGGCCCGCCACAGGAGUCGCUAGUGCGCGAUGGGGCAAGAACAUCCCUUCCUGGUCAAACCCUACCCUACCCUGGACGACGCUGGGCCAAUUGUGCGCUGCCCCAUGGGUCUCCCAGUCACGACAGAGCCUGGACUCGAACCAGGAUCUCUAGUGGCACAGCCUUAGACCACAGCGCCUCUCGGGAGGCCCCAUAAGGUGUAUCUUUAAACGUUUUUUAAAUCUAAUUUUACUGCUGGCAUGAGUUACUUGAUGUGGAAUAGAGUUCCAUGUAGUCAUGGCUCUAUGUAGUACUGUGAACCUCCCAUAGUCUGUUCUGGACUUGGGGACUGUGAAGAGACCUCUGGUGGCAUGUCUGUGCGCCUCCCAUAGUUUCCCAAGUCCCUCUUUGUGGCACCUGACCACACGACUGAACAGUAGUCCAGGUGUGACAAAACUUGGGCCUGUAGGACCUGCCUUGUUAAUAGUGAUGUUAAGAAGGCAGAGCAGCGCUUUAUUAAAAAAAAAAAAAUCAGUAGAUCAGCUUUAAUAUUGCAGAUAGAUUGUAACUUCCAUCAAUGUAAUUGUCAGCAUCACUUCCAAUCCCCCAUGUUUUUUUCUUGCAUAUAUAUAUAUAUAUAUAUAUACAAACAUACAUACAUGCAUACAUGCAUACAUGCACAACUCUCAGGAGUGAUUUUGUCCCACUCCUCUUUGCAGAUCUUCUCCAAGUCAUUAAGGUUUCGAGGCUGACGUUUGGCAACUCGAACCUUCAGCUCCCUCCACAGAUUUUCUAUGGGAUUAAGGUCUGGAGACUGGCUAGGCCACUCCAGGACCUUAAUGUGCUGCUUCUUGAGCCACUCCUUUGUUGCCUUGGCCGUGUGUUUUGGGUCAUUGUCAUGCUGGAAUACCCAUCCACGACCCAUUUUCAAUGCCCUGGCUGGGGGAAGGAGGUUCUCACCCAAGAUUUGACGGUACAUGGCCCCAUCCAUCGUCCCUUUCAUGCAGUGAAGUUGUCCUUUCCCCCUAGCAGAAAAACACCCCCAAAGCAUAAUGUUUCCACCUCCGUGUUUGACAUUUUUACAUUUACAUUUUAGUCAUUUAGCAGACGCUCUUAUCCAGAGCGACUUACAUGAGCAAUUAGGGUUAAGUGCCUUGCUUAAGGGCACAUCGACAGAUUUUUCACCUAGUCGGCUCGGGGAUUAGAACCAGCGACCUUUCGGUUACUGGCACAACGCUCUUACCCACUAAGCUACCUGCCGCCCUGACGGUGGGGAUGGUGUUCUUGAGGUCAUAGGCAGCAUUCCUCCUCCUCCAAACACGGUGAGUUGAUGCCAAAGAGCUCGAUUUUGGUCUCUUCUGACCACAACACUUUCACCCAGUUCUCCUCUGAAUCAUUCAGAUGUUCAUUGGCAAACUUCAGACGGGCCUGUAUAUGUGCUUUCUUGAGCAGGGGGACCUUGCGGGCGCUGCAGGAUUUCAGUCCUUCACGGCGUAGUGUGUUACCAAUUGUUUUCUUGGUGACUAUGGUCCCAGCUGCCUUGAGAUCAUUGACAAGAUCCUCCCGUGUAGUUCUGGGCUGAUUUACUCACCUUUCUCAUGAUCAUUACAACUACACGAGGUGAGAUCUUGCAUGGAGCCCCAGGCAGAGGGAGAUUGACAGGUCUUUUGUGUUUCUUCCAUUUGAGAAUAAUCGCACCAACUGUUGUCACCUUCUCACCAAGCUGCUUGGCGAUGGUCUUGUAGCCCAUUCCAGCCUUGUGUAGGUCUACAAUCUUGUCCCUGAAAUCCUUGGAGAGCUCUUUGGUCUUGGCCAUGGUGGAGAGUUUGGAAUCUGAUUGAUUGAUUGCUUCUAUGGACAGGUGUCUUUUAUACAGGUAACAAACUGAGAUUAGCAGCACUCCCUUUAAGAGUGGGCUCCUAAUCUCAGCUCGUUACCUGUAUAAAAGACACCUGGGAGCCAGAAAUCUUUCUGAUUGAGAGGGAUUCAAAUACUUCUUUCCCUCAUUAAAAUGCAAAUCAAUUUAUAACAUUUUUGACAUGCGUUUUUCUGGAUUUUUUUGUUGUUAUUCUGUCUCUCACUGUUCAAAUAAACCUACCAUUUAAAAUUAUAAACUGAUAAUUUCUUUGUCAGUAGGCAAACGUACAAAAUCAGCAGGGGAUCAAAUACUUUUUUCCCUCACUGUACCUUGCGGAUCUGUUUGGACAAUUUGCACAUUUGGAUCGAAAUUACUGUUAAUUAAUAUCAUCACCCCUUUUGAGUUUCUUUGCCCAUGGGAGAAGUAUAUUUAGCCCCCCCUUUCCUUUUUCCAUACAACUUAAUCUAGAAUUGUUGAAUGAGUUUCCUGUAAACAAUAGAUAUUAUAUUCCUUCUCUUUGAGCCAUGUAAAUAUUGUUAUUCUUUUGUUAUCUGCUAAGCCAUUACAAUUAUAACUGGCUAUACUUAUUUCACCAUAUACCGUAAUGAGAUACAAGUUUCAAAUCUAUUUACCAUUAUAUAUGUUUGUAAAUUUACCAUUAAAAAAUACCAUAGUGAUCGAGUGUCCAUAUAGCUGUACCAUGAUAUUUGCAUUGCUACUAAGUAACCCUCCAAUUGUUCUCCACUAAUUCCCCCGCUAAAGCCCCUCCCCAUCCCAAGUUGGGUUGUCAUCCCAGUGAUCGGCAUACCACCCCCGUCCUCCCCUGGAUCCCUAGGCCCCCCCCCAAGAGGCCAGGACCCAGCCUUUUGAAAACAGCACACAGUGCCACCCACAAAACAGAAGCAGGUCAACCGCCAAAAGCAUUUCCAAAUGCUCAAUAUAUAUUUAGCUAUUUAAAAAUACAUAUCUAUUCAAAUAUCUUGCACAUCUUAAUUUCCAUCAUUAUCAAUUAAUAUGCGUAAUAAUGUCGGCAUUUCAUGCGAAGGAUUGUUACCUAUAACCCGGAUUACCAUUGUAUUACAUUACAUUUAUUGACCAUCCUAACCAUUUGUAUUACAUUACAUUGUAUUACAUUUAAUUUAUUUAUUACAUUUUUGUCAAGCUAUUCUUAUUUUAGCAAGUGUGGUUCAUCCUAUAUUCUCCCUAACAUCCUUACCCCAGAUGUGGGAUACACACACGCACAUUUUACAUUUUAGUCAUUUAGCAGACGCUCUUAUCCAGAGCGUCUUACAGUUAGUGAGUGCAUACAUUUCCAUACUGGACCCCCCCGUGGGAAACGAACCCACAACCCUGGCGUUGCAAGCGCCAUGCUCUACCAACUGAGCUACAGGAGGAUUUCACGUACUCUAACACACUCCACCCCUUUCCUCCACAAUCAACCAUAAGCUCAGAUGCUCAACGGUUGUUACAUCCCAGAGCCCAACUCAAGAAAGGACCUGAUUUUACAAAUGCAUAUACAGUUACAGCUGUUUGAGAAAGCAUGCGUGAUUGAGCAAAAAUUGACAAAUAUUUGAGAUUUGAUUAUUUCAAGUCCUAGGUGAUGGAGAUCAGAUCAGCACUUUAUUAUAGACAGACCUCUCCCCAUCUUAGCUACUGUUGUAUCAAUAUGUUUUGACCAUGACAGUUUACAAUCCAGGGUUACUCCAAGCAGUUUAGUCUCUUGAACAAAGCCAGUGGCAUGUCGUUAGUAAAGAUUGAACAAAUUAAGGGGCCUAGACAGCUGCCCUGGGGAAUUCCUGAUUCUACCUGGAUUAUGUUUGAGAGGCUUCCAUUAAAGAACACCCUCUGUGUUCUGUUAGACAGGUAACUCUUUAUCCACAAUAUAGCAGGGGGUGUAAAGCCAUAACAUAUACGUUUUUCCAGCAGCAGACUAUGAUCGAUAAUGUCAGAAGCCGCACUGAAGUCUAACAAAACAGCCCCCACAAUCUUUUUAUCAUCAAUUUCUCUCAGCCAAUCAUCAGUCAUUUGUGUAAGUGCUGUGCUUGUUGAAUGUCCUUCUCUAUAACUGUGCUGAAAAUCUGUUGUCAAUUUGACAGAGAGUAUUGUAUCUGGUCAAACACCAUGUUUCCCAAAUGUUUACUAAGGGUUGGUAACAGGCUGAUUGGUCGGUUAUUUGAGCCAGUAAAGGGGGCUUUACUAUUCUUGGGUAGUGGAAUGACUUUUGCUUCCCUCCAGACCUGAGGGAACACACUUUCUAGUAGGCUUAAAUUGAAGAUAUGGCAAAUAGGAGUGGCAAUAUCGUCUGCUAUUAUCCUCAGUAAUUUUCCAUCCAGGUUAUCAGACCCCGUUGGCUUGUCAUUGUUAAUAGACAACAAUCGUUUUUCCACCUCUUCCACACUCACUUUACGGAAUUCAAAAUUACAAUGCUUGUCUUUCAUAAUUUGGUCAGAUAUACUUGGAUGUGUAGUGUCAGCGUUUGUUGCUGGCAUGUCAUGCCUAAGUUUGCUAAUCUUGCCAAUGAAAAAAUCAUUAAAGUAGUUUGCAAUAUCAGAGGGUUUUUGUGAUGAAUGAGCCAUCUGAUACAAUGAAUGAUGGAGCUGAGUUUGCCUUUUUGGCCAAAAUUUCAUUUAAGGUCUUCCAAAGCUUUUUACUAUCAUUCUUUAUAUCAUUUAUCUUUGUUUCAUAGUAUAGUUUAUUCUUAUUUUUAUUCAGUUUAGUCACAUGAUUUCUCAAUUUGCAGUACGUUUGCCAAUCGGUUUUACAGCCAGACCUAUUUGCCACAUCAUGCAUCGGGGCCUAUUGACAACUCUCUCUCCAUUUUUAUAUUCUUCAUGUAGGAUCUGCAGUUGCGUGUCCAGCAACACACUGAGGUGGAGACUGUGGACCUCGUUCUCAAACUCAAAGACAAACUGGUCAGUAUGGGGUUGUUUUCGUUGGAACAGAUUGACAUGGUAUUCUCCAGACUGACAGGACUUCAGCCUUCUGCUCAUUAGUGAUAGAACACAUAACAGUAGUGUGGUUCUACCAACCCAUUGAUUUGUACUCUACGUGGCCAAAAGUAUGUGGACACCUGCUCGUCGAACAUCUCUUUCUAAAAUCAUGAGCGUUAAUAUGGAGUUGGUCCCCCCUUUGCUGCUAUAACAGCCUCCACUCUUCUGGGAAGGCUUUCCACUAGAUGUUGGAACAUUGCUACGGGGACUUGAUUCCAUUCAGCCACAAGAGCAUUAGUGAGAUCGGGCACUGAUGUUGGGCGAUUAGGCCAGGCUCGCAGUCGGCGUUCCAAUUAAUCCCCAAGGUGUUCGAUGGAGUUGAGGUCAGGGCUGUGUGCAGGCCAGUCAAGUUCUUCCACACCGAUCUCGACAAACCAUUUCUGUAUGGACCUCGGUUUGUGCACUGGGUCAAUGUUAUGCUAAAACAGGAAAGGGCCUUCCCCAAACUGUUGUCACAAAGUUGGAAGCACAGAAUGGUCUAGAAUGUCAUUGUAUGCUGUAGCGUUAAGAUUUCCCUUCACUGGAACUAAGGGGCGUAGCCCGAACCAUGAAAAACAGCCCCAGACCAUUAUUCCUCCUCCACCAAACUUUACAGUUGGCACUAUGCAUUGGGGCAGGUAGCGUUCUCCUGGCAUCCGCCAAACCCAGAUUCAUCCGUAGGAUUGCCAUAUGGUAAACCAUGAUUCAUCACUCGCGUUUCCACUGCUCCAGAGUCCAAUGGCGGCGAGCUUUACACCACUCCAGCUGACGCUUGGCAUUGCGCAUGGUGAUUUGUAUUUCUGUUUAUUAUGGAUCCCCAUUAGUUCCUGCCAAGGCAGUAGCUACUCUUCCUGGGGUUUAUUAUGGAUCCCCAUUUAGUUCCUGCCAAGGCAGCAGCUACUCUUCCUGGGGUCCAGCAAAGUUAAGGCAGUUAUACAAUUUUAAAAACAUUACAAUACAUUCAUAGCAGAUUUCACAACACAUUAAGUGUGUUCCCUCAGGCCCCUACUCUACUACCACAUAUCUACAACACAAAAUCCAUGUGUACGUGUGUGUAUAGUGUGUAUGUGAUCUUAGUCCUGUGUUUAGCUGCUCAGCCAUGGAAACCCAUUUCAUGAAGCUCCCGAUUGAACAGUUCUUGUGCUGACGUUGCUUCCAGAGGCAGUUUGGAACUCUGUAGUGAGUGUUGCAAACGAGGACAGACGAUUUUUACGCGUUUCAACACUCGGCGGUCCCGUUCUGUGAGCUUGUGUGGCCUACCACUUCACGGCUGAGCCGUUGUUGCUCCUAGACGUUUCCACGUCACAAUAACAGCACUUACAGUUGACCGGGGCAGCUCUAGCAGGGCAGAAAUUUGACGAACUGACUUGUUGGAAAGGUGGCAUCCUAUGACGGUGCCACGUUGAAAGUCACUGAGCUCUUCAGUAAGACCAUUCUACUGCCAGUGUUUGUCUAUGGAGAUUGCAUGGCGGUGUGCUCGAUUUUUAUACACCUGUCAGCUGAAAUAGCCAAAUCCACUAAUUUGAAGGGGUGUCCACAUACUUUUGGCCAUGGUAUGUUCAGUGUAAGCUAAAUUAACUUGAUUUAUGUUAGCUAACACAAAGUAUCUUAAAGAACUGGGAAGUCAUCCAGAUGAUUUGAUGCCUUGCUGACCUGUUCCUCCCUACUGUCUGUUCUAGACUCAGGCAGAGAGAGAGCAGCUUCCUCUGAGGCCGGGGACGUUGACCAAACUACAGGCCCACAUCGACUCUGUCAUCCUGUCAUUACCUGAUGAUCUACAGGGAAUCCUGCACAAGCCCUCCACACCCUGACCUCCACACCCUGACCUCCACACCCCUGACCUUUAACCCCUGACCACUAAUCAUUGACCUAUAACCCCUGGGGGAGGAGGAAGGAAGGACUGUUUCAGUCUCAGCAUUGAACUAUGGAUUUUUAACAGACAUAUAUAUUAUAUAUCAUUUUUUUAAAGUGCCCUCUCUAAGAUCUGUGUGGCUGCCAGCCCCAACCCCUCUCCCACAUCAUGUGCAAUGCUGGCAUUGCCCAAAUCCGCUGAUGAUUAUUGAUUAUGCAACCUGUCAGAAAUAAGAAGAUAAGCCAAUAAGUGGUUUAUUGCUCAGAGAACGUCUGUGCUGCAGUGAGUCAUGUGACGUAGGUGAAGUCAAAAAGGGAAAGACCAUAAUCUGUGUCCGGGAAACCGGCC